CUUUUUCAGAUCAUCGCCCUCUGCGCCCUCGUGGCCGUCGCUCUCGCGGCACCCCCCCUCGACAACAGCCAGACCGUAUUGGUCAAGGAGACCCCACUGGACAACAUCGGCAUCGACGGCUACCAGUUCGGUUACGAACUGUCGAACGGUGAGGCCCGCCAGGAAUCCGCCGAGCUGGCGAACGCCGGCACCGACAACGCUGCCCUGCGCGUACGCGGUAGCUUCACCUACGUCGACCCGGCCACCAACGUCAGGUACACCGUCAACUACGUAGCCGACGAGAACGGAUUCCGCCCCGAGGGACAGCACCUGCCGUCCGUUUGAUAUGCCCUAAUUCAACGACUCUCGACGCUGCCAGCUGUAAAUAGAGCCUCCCGCCCGAACUCUUGAUCCUCCUUAAAAUCCUUACGCUCCUUACGAUCGUGCCUACCCUCGGAAUAAACGAGUACGGUAGCGCCUUCCCUUUUUCUUCAAUGUUACGAGACGCCUAUGAUCUUCUUUUUGUACAAUAGCUCUGUGCUCAUCUCUUGAUAAAUAAAUAAGAAAUUUU